AAAUCGACAAUAACACAUAAUACGCAUGCUUGACCUUCUGACAAGGUGACCGAUAUUAGAUAGAGACUAAAUGAAAACCUAUUACUCGCGGCUAGUAUUUCGAGUUGAACACAUCUCGUUCACAAAUUUACUCCGCGUUCGAUAAUAAAUUUCCAUUCAAAUUUUCCAAUAAAAACCUUUCGUGUGACAUUAUGGCUACACCGAAAACGGAUCACGAAAAACGCAAACAAAUCAGUGUUCGCGGUAUCGCUCAGGUGGAGAAUGUUGGCGAAGUGAAAAAUAGUUUCAAUCGGCAUCUUCAUUAUACGCUGGUAAAAGAUCGGAAUGUAUCAACACCCCGGGACUACUAUUUCGCUAUUGCCCAUACAGUUCGAGAUCAUAUGGUAUCAAGGUGGAUACGUACACAGCAGUACUACUAUGAAAAGGACCCCAAGCGUGUCUACUACCUAUCACUGGAAUACUACAUGGGUCGAUCACUGCAAAACACCAUGAUCAAUCUUGGUAUUCAGGGUGCAUGUGACGAAGCUCUCUAUCAACUCGGCCUGGACAUCGAAGAAUUGGAAGAUUUAGAAGAGGACGCCGGUCUCGGUAAUGGCGGUUUGGGUCGUUUGGCUGCAUGCUUCUUGGAUUCGAUGGCCACCUUGGGCUUGGCCGCAUAUGGUUACGGUAUCCGUUAUGAAUAUGGCAUUUUCGCUCAAAAGAUUACGAACGGUGAACAGAAAGAAGAGCCUGAUGAUUGGUUGCGAUAUGGUAAUCCAUGGGAAAAAGCUCGCCCUGAAUUCAUGUUGCCGGUCAACUUUUUCGGACGAGUCAUUGAUACGGAUGAAGGAAAGAAAUGGGUCGAUACGCAGGUGGUGUUUGCUAUGCCGUACGAUAAUCCAAUUCCUGGUUACGGAAACAAUGUUGUCAAUACGCUGAGGUUGUGGUCAGCCAAGAGUCCAAUCGAUUUCAAUUUGAAAUUUUUCAACGAUGGUGACUACAUUCAAGCCGUCUUAGAUCGUAAUCUGGCCGAGAACAUCUCCCGGGUACUGUAUCCCAACGAUAACUUCUUUGAAGGCAAAGAGUUGCGUUUGAAACAGGAAUACUUCAUGUGUGCCGCCACACUUCAAGACAUUAUUCGUCGCUACAAGGCAUCGAAAUUCGGUUCACGCGAAGCCGUUCGAACUGAUUUCAAACACUUCCCAGAUAAAGUGGCCAUUCAACUCAAUGAUACACAUCCAUCGUUGGCCAUACCGGAAUUGAUGCGUAUCCUAAUUGACGUUGAGAAGUUAUCGUGGGACGACGCCUUCGAUAUAACGACACGUGCCUGUGCGUACACCAACCACACCGUACUUCCAGAAGCGUUAGAACGUUGGCCAGUUUCUUUGCUUCAAUCGAUCCUGCCACGCCAUUUAGAAAUCAUUUACCACAUCAAUUUCCUGUUCUUGGAGAAAGUUAAAGCCAAAUAUCCAGGUGACAUGGAUCGCUUGCGACGAAUGUCCUGCGUGGAAGAGGAAGGCGAUAAACGUAUCAAUAUGGCUCAUUUGUCGAUUAUCGGUUCACACGCAGUGAAUGGCGUAGCUGCUCUUCAUUCGGAAAUUUUGAAGAAGGAUCUAUUCAAACCCUUCUACGAAAUGAACCCGGAGAAAUUCCAGAACAAAACCAACGGCAUCACACCACGUCGUUGGCUGUUGUUGUGCAAUCCAGGCUUGUCAGAUGUGAUCUGUGAGAAAAUCGGAGACGAGUGGCCAGUGCAUCUCGAUCAAUUGCUUGCAUUGAAGAAAUGGGCCAAGGACGCCAAUUUCCAACGCUUGUUCGGCAAGGUCAAGCAGGAGAAUAAAUUGCGAUUCGCCCAAUUGUUGGAGAAAGAUUAUGGAGUCAAGGUGAAUCCGUCAUCGUUGUUCGAUAUUCACGUGAAACGAAUCCAUGAGUACAAGCGUCAGUUGUUGAACUGCUUGCACAUCAUCACAUUGUACAAUCGCAUCAAGAAGGAUCCAACCGCUAAGUUCACUCCUCGAACGAUCAUGAUUGGUGGCAAGGCAGCUCCAGGCUACCAUACCGCCAAACAGAUCAUUAAACUCGUUUGCGCUGUUGCCAAUGUGGUUAACAACGAUCCGAUUGUUGGUGACAAAUUGAAAGUAAUUUUCUUGGAGAACUAUCGAGUUACAUUGGCCGAGAAAAUCAUGCCCGCCGCUGAUUUGUCGGAACAAAUUUCAACUGCCGGUACAGAGGCGUCUGGAACCGGUAACAUGAAAUUCAUGUUGAACGGCGCCUUGACCAUCGGUACGAUGGACGGUGCCAAUGUCGAGAUGGCCGAAGAAAUGGGUCUGGAUAAUAUCUUCAUUUUCGGUAUGACCUGCGAACAGGUGGACGAACUGAAGAAGAAAGGCUACAAUGCCUACGAUUACUACAAUGGUAAUCCGGAUAUUAAGCAAUGUGUCGACCAGAUCCAAGGCGGUUUCUUCAGUCCAUCCAAUCCGAACGAAUUUAAGCAAAUUGCUGAUAUUUUGUUGAAAUAUGACGGCUACUAUACGUUGGCUGAUUAUGCCGACUACAUCAAGGCACAGGACAGAGUCUCUGCUACUUAUCAGAAUCAAUCGAAGUGGCUCGAAAUGGCUAUCAAUAAUGUGGCAUCUAGUGGAAAAUUCUCCAGUGAUCGUACGAUUGCUGAAUAUGCUAGGGAAAUUUGGGGCGUUGAACCAUCGUGGGAAAAACUACCCAAUCCAGCUGGAAAUUAAAUUAGGUCAUCCGUGUCAGUUAAUCAUAUGCAAUAUGCGCAGAAGAAAGUUUUUUUUCUGAAAUUACAAAAGUUGGAGUUGAGAAGUUUAGUAAUGUCAUUACAAGUAUCCACUAUAAACGGGCAACAAAGUCGCUUCCUUUUUUUUAUUGAUUUGUCAUUCUCUCUUUUUUUGUUAAUCUCAACGUCCGGCUGUAGAAGAGUUUAACUUGAACGUGCCAUUUAAAUCUAAAAGAUUUUUUUAAUUAUUUGUAUUUGUUAUAUGUAAA